AGAACAUUCGGAAUUAGAUAACAAUAAUGGUAUAAAAUAUUGGUACAAAAUACUCUCGACACGAUUGUUCUAGAACAUUCGCUUCAAAGAGUAUUCUAGAAUUAGAAUGCGUUUACCAUAUAAAUACCGGACUGCAUUUUUUACUACCAAUCAAUUUGAAAUCGACAAAAAUUUACAUUUUCAACGCCUCAUUUCGAGCCUUCAACGCUAAUAACUCAAGCAUACCAUUUCUGCAAAAAACCGCAAUUUGACAGUCAAUUCAACAUUCAUCAAAAAUCUAUUCAGCGACUAAUCAAAAAUGGUCAAAUCAGCUCCUGCAAUUGGAAUCGAUUUGGGUACCACCUACUCUUGCGUAGGGGUUUUCCAAAAUGGGAAAGUGGAAAUCAUCGCCAACGACAUGGGCCAUCGAACCACUCCUUCCUACGUCGCUUUCAACGACUCGGAACGCCUGAUUGGGGAUGCGGCCAAGAAUCAAGCAGCUAUGAACCCAAACAACACGAUUUUUGACGCUAAACGACUCAUUGGACGAAAGUUCACUGAAGAAACUGUUCAAAAAGACAUCAAGCUGUGGCCUUUCAAAGUGCUCAACAACAACGACAAGCCUCAAAUUGAAGUCGAAUACAAAGCUGAGACGAAAAAGUUCCACGCCGAAGAAAUCAGCUCAAUGGUUCUGACCAAAAUGAAAGAAACAGCGGAAGCAUACCUAGGAGCCCAUGUGAAAGACGCUGUCAUCACAGUUCCAGCUUACUUCAACGAUGCUCAAAGAGCUGCCACCAAAGAUGCCGGAGCAAUCGCAGGACUCAACGUCUUGAGAAUAAUCAACGAGCCAACAGCAGCUGCACUUGCCUAUGGUUUGGACAAGAAGGCAACUGGUGAAAGGAAUGUCCUGAUUUUCGACCUGGGAGGAGGAACAUUUGACGUUUCAAUUCUCACAAUUGAGGAUGGAAUGUUUGAAGUCAAAUCAACGGCAGGUGACACCCAUUUGGGAGGCGAGGAUUUUGACAACCGACUUGUGAGGCAUCUGAUUGAGGAAUUCAAGAGAAAGCACAAACAGGAUCCCUCCCAGAACAAACGGUCCCUGAGAAGACUCAGAACCGCAGCUGAAAACGCUAAGAGAACUCUAUCUUCAAGUGCGCAAGCCACAAUUGAGAUCGACUCACUCUUCCAUGGAAUUGACUUCUACACCAGCAUAACUCGAGCCCGCUUCGAAGAUCUUUGCAUUGAUCUUUUCCGAAGCACCUUGGAUCCAGUGACAAGAGCCCUGAAGGAUGCACAAAUGAGCAAGAACGACAUUCACGAGGUGAUGUACUAA